AUGGUUCGCAUUCAUCUCGUCAUUGGAUGUUUUAAUGUGCUGUGUUUCGGACAAGACAUUCCUCAAGAUUGUUUUUCUCCUUUGGGAAUGGAAGAUGGAGGUAUCAGGGAUAUAGAUAUUCGUGCUACGUCUUCUUUGAAUGCAAGUGCUAGUGCUAUUCAUGGUAGACUGAAUCAUAUAGGAGGCUAUGGGGGGUGGUGCCCUGAUCAGCAGCCGUAUUAUAAUGGUACAGGUCCUAUCCAUAAGGAGUUUAUUCAAGUCGAAUUUCCCAGGCCCUUUCGAAUUAAAGGCAUAAUAACACAGCCCCGCGCUCGAGGUGUGGAAGGGAUUCGGAGGUUCUUGGUUUCGUACAGACAAGAUCAAGAAAACAAUGAAAAGUAUGCUUGGUUGUAUGAUGGAAGAUCACACAAGCAUAGGUUCUUUCAAGGAAAUAGCCUGUCGGAGUUGAAACCUCCACUUGUAGCAGACGGAAUAAGAAUUAUACCUGAAAUAUGUCCUCGCAGACAGGUGUGCCUCAGGUUUGAGCUUCUUGGCUGUCAAAUUGAAGGCGCGAUUGUCACGUACAAGAUGCUCCAAGGUAACUCUCUGGACGGGAGAUACAACUUCACUGAUUCAAGCUAUGAUGGUUUGACUGAAGGCCGCUUUCUAUUCUUUGGAUUGGGAAUGCUUACUGAUGGACGAUUGGCCAAUGAAGAUCUUACAGUAAAUAACGGAUUGGGUUGGAUUGGCUGGAACAUGAUAGAGACCCCCAAACCUUACAUAAUAUUUGAUUUUUUGAACAAAAGAAUCUUCAUUUCAGCUACUUUCCAUUGUAACGUCAAAGACCAGACACACAUCGAGUUGUUUUCCAGAGUUGAAAUAAGGUUUGAUAAAACAAUGUGGAAUGGUUCUCCACCUGAUCUCAUGCAAGAACCCAGGGAAAUUUCCUUUCCAUCAUCAUCAUCGAUAAACCGCAAUGUUACAAUCGACCUGUGUCGCCGUGUAGGGAAGUCUGUAAGGUUCAACUUUACCUACAGAGGACAAUGGAUAUUAAUCAGCGAAGUUAUCUUCAACUCGGGGGUGUCUAAUAAAGAGCCACUGGGAGGAAGGUCACCUCCAGCAGUUUAUUGUGUUUCAAGUACUACACACUCUCGAUACACAAGUAGUACCUCGGAAUACAGCACAAGUACUCUUAGUAGCACCACAUCAACUGAAACCACCGUUGCUCCAUCGGCCGAGGGACCUGAUUGGGUGAUGUUGAUCUCAUCUCUGACAGUGCUCUUCGUCAUUGUAGUAAUCCUCGGUAUUGCUUGGUCAUUCCGACGGAAGAGACGCCAGAAAAAAGAUACAGAAGAAUCUGCCCGAGAUGAAUAUGAAGAAAUUGAAUUUAUGGCUGCUUUAGCACCAUUUUCAAGGGAAUUCGGAGCUAUUAAAUGA